UGGAGCUCAAUACUUUUUUUAAUCACUUAGCCUAUCUAAUAAUGUCUCGCUUAAUUAAAUCAACUUCAUCUGAAUGUCGAGUUUAUGUUGGAAAUCUUCCUCAGUUUGUUAAAAAUAGGGAUAUAGAAGAUCUGUUUGAUAAGUAUGGUCCAAUAAAAGCAAUUGAUAUUCACAACAGAUUUGAUCCAGCUUUUGCUUUUUUGGAGUUUGAAGAUCCUAGAGAUGCAUCUGAUGCUGUUUAUGGUAAAGAUGGUGAAAGAUUUGAAGGGCAAAGAAUCAGAGUUCAGUUUCCUCGUAAUAGUGCUGCCGGUAGAGAGAGAACAGAAUCUGGGUCUAAUAACAAUGGAGGAGGUGGGUAUGUGAGAGGACGAGGACGAGGACCACCCAUUAGGCGGUCUGAAAAUCGAGUUCUGGUUUCUGGAUUACCCCCAACUGGGAGCUGGCAAGAUCUUAAAGAUCAUAUGCGAGAAGCAGGUGAAGUACUUUAUGCUGAUGUUUAUAAAGAUGGUACUGCUGUAUGUGAAUUUGCAAACUAUGAAGAUAUGAAAUGGGCUGUGAAGUAUUUGGAUGACAGCAAGUUUAAAUCUCAUGAGAAUGAAACAACUUUUGUAAGGGUUAAACGCGAUGGUAACUCACGUAGUCGAUCACCAGCUCGACGUUCCAGAAGUCGAUCUCUUAGGCGUUCUGGUAGUCGAUCUCCAAGACGAAGAACUAGAAGUCUUUCUCCUCAACCCUUGAAUUCACGAAGCAGAUCUCGAAGCAGGUCGCCUCGGAGGUUUUCACGUAGUAGAUCUCCAAUACGUCGCAGAAGCAGAUCACGAUCGGAUUCAAGGAGAUAAGCCUCAAAGUUUUUUGUAUUACGUUUGUCAUCCUUUGCUUUUAUUUUUGAAGAUUGCUAAGAUUAUUCUCAAGAUCUCAAAGAAAUCAAAAACUAGAAUUUCUUUUGUUAAAAAAAGUUUUGAAAAUUCAAAA